AUGGUCGAUUUUUUAGUUGAACGGCAGCUUGGUGUGCAGAGGAAGCUUAUACGAACCUUAGCAUGUCAGGAUCAAGUCGCAAUUCUGGGUUUAGACGCUGAAUUCCGUGGCACUUGCUGCACCUUUGCUGUUUCUGGUGGAGGAGAUAAAGUUUAUAGGUGGAGGAAAAAGACAAUUGAGGUUCUGCUAGUGUUGACGGAGGUUGACAGCGGGAUAUUGGCAGGUGAGACGGAGGUCGAUAGCAGAUAUUGGCGGACGGAGGUUCUGGCGCGGACUCAUAAGGAAACUGUUAUCCUCUGCCUUUGCAGAAAGACGGAAGAAAAAGCAGUAUUAUCUAAAGAAUGGAAGUGCAGUGCUAGAGGAACUUCUAAUUGCCGAAUUCCUCUCCGUUACUUCAACGCCAAUGAAAUCGACAAGGCAAUAAAGAACCCUGAAAAGAGAAUAAUACUCUUCGGAAGCUGUAUGGUUAAGCUCAACAAACACCUUAUUUUAAAUAGCUUGUGGCUCCAGGGCUAUGGUGGAGACUAUCACCAUAAUAUUUUCCGAGAUAUAGCAAUUACUGCUCAAAUGAGCCAUCUCAAGAAUGUAUUGAGACUUGUUGGUUGCAGUUUAGAAUUGGAAAACCCAGUUAUGGUAUAUGAGUAUGUUGAGGCUAUAAGUCUUUAUGAGCUAAUUUUCAUAGAGGGUAAUCAUGAUCAAAAUGGAAAAUCAUUAUCUUGGGGAAGUAGAUUACAGAUUGCCAAUGAGGUCGCUUCAGUAAUUGUUUAUCUCCAUACUGAAUUCAGUACGCCCAUCAUCUACAGAAACCUAAGUGCAUCAAAUGUGAUAAUAGAUCAGAACAGCGGCGUUGCCAAAAUAAUGGACUUCUCAUUGUCCAUGUCCAUAUCAUUGCCUCAACGGGAACUGGAAGUAGCAGGUGUUGUGUGCGGACAUUCCGGGUAUUUAUAUCCUGAAUACAUGCAAUCGGGUAUUGCUAGUCAGAAACCUGACGUCUACAGCUUCGGAGUUGUUCUCUUUCAGCUAUUAACUGGAAAGAAAUUAAGUAUACUUGAUGGCAAGAUGAUAGAUUUUAUAGAGUUUUCCCACGUCGAAACCAAUAUUGGAGAGGGUAGUGUAAUGGAUAUAGCGGAUCCUACCAUUUUGGAAGAGCAUGGAAUAGAGAUUCGUCAGCUACUGGAACACUACUUGCAUCUUGUUAGGAAAUGCACCGGUUACAAGGGAGAAGAGAAACCAUACAUGAUUCAUGUUGCAAAGGAAUUACGCCAAAUUGAGAAAUGUUACUGUGGCCUCACUCUUGGUCAGAAUUAG